GGUUGCAGGAGGAGGAAGAGGAGGAGAGUCAGAGAGACAGAUGUGAAUAACGGUGCAGACAUUUGAUGCCUAAUUUGGUUUGCUGGGCGUGGAGCUGCUCCUCUGAACUGCUGGUCAAAGUCCUGGAGACGGGGAGUUGAGACCUGCGAUCCUCUGUUGCUGGAUGUCCCGGAGAGAAGAGACACUAUCUGCAGCCAAGUGAUCAGAAAGUUUUCUCUGCCUUCUCUGAGUGGCUGAUGGUAAAAAUCUGAGGAAGUGACUCCCAACAGGAAGAGACUCAUAUCUCACAGGAACCAGCUUCUCACAUCACCGACUACAUCAUGGCUGUAGCCCUCCACUCCAACCCCCUCCUAUGGACGCGGUUGGCAGCCCUGAUCUUCGCGUGCGUGGCCUUCUCCGUGGCCGUGCAUGGAGGCAGACUCUACCACGGCACCGGAGACUGGUGCAUCUUCUGCUGGGCCUUCAGUUUCGCCGGGAGCGUGCUCGUCCUCCUGGUGGAGCUCUUCGGCCUUCAGACCAGAGCCCCUAUUUCCUGGAAGAACUUCCCUAUCACCUUCGCCUGCUACGCCGCCCUGCUCUGCCUGUCCGCCUCCAUCAUCUUCCCCCUCUACUUCCUCAAGGGCUCCACAGGCCCGAGUGAAAUCCGCGACUACCGCAUCGUGGCGACCGUCUUCUCCUGCCUGGCCACCAUCGCCUACAUUUCCGAAGUGAGCAUCAGCAAGGCGCGUCCGGGCGAGGUGGCCGGCUACAUGGCCACAGCCCCUGGCCUGCUGAAAGUCUGCGAGACCUUCAUCGCCUGUAUCAUCUUUGUCUUUGUCAGUGACCCCGUGCUGUACGACCGUCACGAUGCACUCAAGUACUGCUUCUCGGUUUACUGCAUCUGCUUUAUCCUGUCGGCGGCCAUCAUCCUGCUCUGCAUAGGCGAGUGCACCGGCUGCCUCCCCUUCCCAUUUGCACGCUUCCUGUCCGCGUACGCCCUGCUGGCUGUGGUCCUCUACCUGUCAGCAACCAUUAUCUGGCCCAUCUUCAACUUUGAUCCCAAGAAUGGUGGAUCAAAAGUUAGGCCCAGUGGUUGCAGCUCCACGAUGGGGCUGUGCGUGUGGGAUAAGCUCAUGGCGGUGGCUGUGCUCACGGCUGUCAACUUCAUCCUCUACCUGGCCGACCUGAUCUACUCCACCCGCCUGGUGUUUGUCAGCGCUUGAGGGAAGAGAGAGGGAGUUAGGCCGGCAGUAUGCUCCAAAUAAAAUUGAACUUGGCAGGUUCUCAAAGGCUGUCGAACUGCUGUCAAAUACAGUGCUGCGAGCAAAUGCUAGCGUAAUCACUGCGACUCCGGUCUGUUUGCUUAAUGGCAUCACCACUAGCUGGAGGAGCUUGUGGGUCAUGAUGAGAGCAGACUGUGGAGUUCUACCACAACUGAUAAAGUUUAUAUAUUGUAAUCUAGUGUGACUCCAAUUUGAAAUUUGAAAAUGAAAAAUUUCACUUUAGUUCUGGUACAACAAAAUAGUCGGAGAAGUAGCCCAAAGUGCUUGCGUAAUGGUUGACCCAGGAUUUACUGGAGAUAAUGUAUUAGGGGCAGUGAACAUGGAUUUUUAAAGAAAUUAACAAGUUCAGCUGGCCAACCUGGGUUAUCAAACCAAAAUGUUGUGGGUUUUUUUUGGCCCCAGACUCAGUUUUGCCUCUGCAAACCUGCCAAAUUUGAUUUUUUGUAAAGUAUACUGCUUAGCACCAUAGAGAGAGAGAAGAUGGGAAGGUUGAGGUCAAUGGCUAUGUUUACACGUACAACAAUAUUCCCUUAAAUUACUGAGGCUUUCUGUUCAUGUGUUGGAGCAUGUAAAUGUCAAACCUUGGUUCCAGUGACCUGGAUAGACUCUAAUCUUGAUUAUGAGACACCUGAAUGUGAUUGCUGGAUCUUUUUUUUAUGAAUGGCAGAUCAUUGCCCUUUGUAAUACUCAAAAUACAAGAUGUUUAGGAUCAUAUGAAUAAGCUAUAAAAAGAAUCUCCCGACUCUUAACAAGGAUACAAGCUAACACCCCAAAUACUAUGUGCAUGUAAACAUAGUCUGUAAUGACAAAUGAAGAAAAAACAAAGAAAAUGGCGGCUUAUUGUUGUGUUUUUGUUGAAUUUUUUUUGCAUAAUGUUUAUGUCAGUGCUCUGCCUUAAAUUUGCAUUCAAUUUGAUGCCAGUUAUAAAAAGACUGCCGAUCAGUAUUUCUGUUUUUAACCGCUAAAGGACGAAAUGUAGGAGCCAAGAUUAAGUUAACUGUUGGAGAAAAUAUUUGAAUGCCAUACAAAUGGAAAUUGUGUUUUUGAUGAUUUCAUUAAAAAAAUUACUGUUUUGUUUUCCCAACAGUACGCAGAGCAGCUGAUCAGAUUGUAUCUUUCAUAUCAUUAUUUUACACGGCUCCAAUGUUGUCAGAUUUGAAGUUAGAGCAAAAUAGUUUACAUGAUGUUAAGAUGAAUGCUAGGCUAGCUUCUUGCUCCUGUUAUGAUAUAUGUGUAUCUGCAAGCUACAAUCAAUAGCAAGAAUAUAUAUAUGUGGAAAGAACAUAUGCAAGAUUGUUGAUUUAAAAAACAAGAAAAGUAUGUUUAAAGUGCACUUAAUAUUAGUAUUUUCUAUGUGUGUUUAAAUAUCUGGUGUCCCCAAAUAUCAAAGCAUCUAUUAACACCAAACUCUCACCACUAAAUUCGUAUAUGAUGUUGAUUGGGUCUAUUGGCUUUGUACUGCUGUAAUAAAUAUUCAGAGAAAGAGACCAAAAAAGAUGCUUCUCUCUCUAGAUGUUGUUAUAAGUGUUAUAUUCUUCAGCUUUUUUUUUAUAUUCCACUGUUCGUGUUUCAAUUGUGCAUACCACAUCAGUGUUGUAGGAAAACGUAAUCCAUUGUUUCAAUAAAACCACAUGUUAAACAGA